UUUUUUUUUUUUGCUCGGCCUGUGCCCUGUGGCGCUCCUCCAUCUCUCUAUCUUCUUCUUCUUCUUCGUCAUCGUCAUCAUCAUCUUCAUCUUCAUCUUCAUCGUCGCCUUCCCAGCUUCGUCGCUUUCUUCUGCUUUGAAGAAAUUUCGAUUCGAUAUCGAAAGAGAGAGGAAGAGAGAGAGAGAGAGAGUGUGUUUUGAUUGGCUAAUCAGAGCAGCAGAUUCUGAGCGGGGGGGGCUUUUCGGUCGUUCGCCAUUUGGCUUUCGGAGCUCGCGCAGUUCGUAUGCUCCGUGGCGCGCUCGAGAAUGCGACGUUCGAUUGGAUCAGGAGCCGCGGAGCUGGUGGCAGGCUUGAUGGUGUGAGGCGUUUUACUCAUGUGUAAUAGAAGGGCUGCGUGCUUGAGCGAGUCGCUUGCGCAGUCUGAGCACGCCGCGGUCGGUCAGCGAGACGAACAUCAGGCUGUUUGCUCGGCGAUGGAUAGCCCCUCGGCGGCUCCACCGUCGGACCACGGCUCGCACUCGAGCUCCAAUGACGAGGCUCUGCGCUUCAAGUUCCUGUGCAGCUUCGGAGGCAGCAUAAUGCCCCGCCCGCAGGAUGGGAAGUUGCGGUACGUCGGCGGGGAAACCAGGAUUGUGUGCCUGCCUAGGGAGAUUGCUUAUGAGGAGUUGAUGAAUAAGAUGAAAGAGCUCUAUGAAGCUGCAGCGGUUCUGAAAUAUCAGCAGCCUGAUGAGGAUCUCGAUGCGCUGGUCUCGGUUGUUAAUGACGACGACGUGACUAAUAUGAUGGAAGAGUAUGAUAAGUUGGGCUCUGGUGAAGGGGUGAGUAGACUCAGGAUUUUUCUCUUCUCGAACACCGAGCAAGAUGGCUUGACACAUUAUAUAGACGGAGUUGAGAGGGAUACUGAGCGAAGGUAUGUUGAUGCCUUGAACAAUAUGAACGACCCAUCAGAUUUUUGGAGGCAACCUGUUGAUGAUAUUCACCUAACUGAACAGUUCUUUAACCCAAUAAGUUUGGAGGGAAGCAUCCACAGCCAGAGAAACAGUGACAUGCCUGUGAUACCAUUUAACUUGCAUCAACUAACAGUUCCACAUGUGGGUUCAGGACAGUAUCAGCAACCUGUUAAUCAGAGGUACGGUGAAAUGGAUGCCCAGUGGAGUCCAGUUUACUAUUCCCCGCGGCAUCAUGGGCCAAAAGCUGACUUUCCAUCUUCUCCUUCUUCUGCACGAUUUCCCAUGUCCUUUGGAGAAUUACCAGACAGAGGCAUAGAUAGAAUCCCGGAUGAGCAUGUGCGGCCUCAAGCAAUCCAUCAGCCAACCUAUGACCACCAAGGACAUGUCCCUGACAAUUUAAUGUGGUUGCAUGCUGCUGGAGGGGAUAAGGCUGGUUUUCCGGGAAGCAUAUUGAAUGGUGCUAAUGCUUUCGACGGAGGCAGUACCUGCGAGCACUGUCGGAUGUCCGUGCCCAGAAGUCACUCACAUAUGGAGCAACCUAACAUGGGUAACUGUCUUCCACUUGUCAACAACUCAUGCGUUGAGUGCACGCCGAAUUUGGAAAAUCACGUAUUAAACACUAGCAGUAAUUUACACCAUGGAAUUUACCAGAAAGAGCAGAUCAAUCCACAUGUUCCAUAUAAGGAUGGUUGGAUCUUGCAGAAUCAGUUAAGUCCGCGGGUAGAAGAUGCAAGAGCACACAUCUCUGGAGCUGGAAGGUUGAAUGAUCACUAUCUUGCAGAUGGUCCAAGCUCCAACUUUCAUGUUGGCCCCGCUAACUUAACUGACGGGCGUCACUCACCGCUACAGUAUGCUCAUCAGUGUGCUGGACCUGAAUUGAGCAAUGAAAUGUAUCAUGACCAGGCUGUGGCUCCUCACUCACACAUUCCUCUUCCGGAAGAAUACUAUGUUAGAUAUGGAAAUGUGGCUCCUGACAGCAUGUACACAGUCUCGCAUGGACACAUACCUCCGCAUGGAAUGUGGAGAAAUAUUCAGAAUCCUGUUUAUGGUGCUCCUCCUUAUGAAACCUCUGGUACACCUCAGCUAAUAAAUGGUGCUGUUAGCCCAGCGUUACUCCGUACACCAGAGGAAAGUCCAAGGCUUGUUAGGGCAAUAGACACUCAAAAUAUUUCUUCCGGAUCCUCACCAAAUGCAUUGGUUUUUGAUGGGAAUGCUGUCCCUGAAUUUUUUUCUGGUCAUGGUUCGAAAUUGAACUUAAAUACUCUUCAAGAGAACGGGGGUGCAUGUGUUGAGGAAACCGGCCAUUCAUUGAGGGUCCCUUUUGUCAACAUUCCGGAAUCAAGAAAUGAGAAUCAUGUAACCGACGUUGAGGGGAAAGAUAGGAGCAAUAUUACAGCAGAAGAUAGGGAGACCAUUGAUGAGCAGGGCCAGGCUGGUUCUUGUCCAGAGGGAGAUGAAGUUUUAGGCUCAAAACCUGAGGUAACUAGUAGCCCAGUGGAAAAUGGUGGGACAAUUGUUGGAUUGGUUAACAAAGAUUCCUUUUCUCCUAAAGAAAAAUCAGAGACGCCUGUUAACCACUUGAGCAUCCUCCCUGAGUUGAUUGAUUCUGUGAAGAGAGCAGCAUUAGAAGGAGAGGAGGCAAAUGCUGGAGCCAAAGAGAAUAAAGGUCCUGCAGACGAGAACACAGUUACAGAAGAAGGAAACGAUAAUGAAUCUGAAUUGGUGAACACCCAAGGAGAGUUGGAGUUGGAGUCUGAUAACGACGGUAAUUUGAAAAUAGAGCCAACCAAGGCCGAGGAAGAAGCCAUAGCCAGAGGAUUGCAGACAAUCAGAAAUGAAGAUCUGGAGGAAAACCGAGUCCUAGGAACCGGAACAUAUGGAGCAGUGUACCAUGGAAAAUGGAAGGGUUCUGAUGUAGCUAUAAAAAGGAUAAAAGCGAGCUGCUUUGCUGGAAGACCUUCAGAACGAGAACGCUUGAUAUCUGAUUUUUGGAGGGAGGCCUUGAUAUUAAGUUCCUUGCAUCAUCCAAAUGUUGUUUCCUUCUACGGUAUAGUACGAGAUGGUCCAGAUGGAUCUUUGGCGACUGUGACAGAGUUUAUGGUCAAUGGAUCUCUGAAGCAGUUUUUGCAGAAGAAAGACAGGACUAUUGAUCGUCGCAAAAGACUCAUCAUAGCUAUGGAUGCAGCAUUUGGGAUGGAGUAUUUGCAUGGAAAGAACAUUGUACACUUUGAUUUGAAAUGUGAAAAUCUUCUAGUAAACAUGAGAGAUCCUCAAAGGCCUGUCUGCAAGAUUGGUGAUCUGGGAUUGUCAAAGGUAAAGCAACACACAUUGGUAUCAGGAGGUGUUCGUGGCACGUUACCCUGGAUGGCACCUGAGCUUCUCAGUGGGAAAAGUAAUAUGGUAACUGAGAAGAUUGAUGUUUACUCCUUUGGGAUUGUUAUGUGGGAAUUGCUUACUGGGGAAGAACCUUAUUCAGAUAUGCACUGUGCCUCUAUUAUUGGAGGUAUAGUAAAUAACUCUUUACGUCCACAAAUUCCAGCAUGGUGUGAUCCUGAAUGGAAAUCCUUGAUGGAGAGUUGUUGGGCCUCGGAUCCAUCAGAAAGGCCAUCUUUUUCAGAUAUCUCUCAGAAGCUGAGGAGUAUGGCUGCCGCAAUCAACGUGAAAUAAUUAGUAAUUACAUUUACUUGCCAGUUCUCUUCUUGCCUUCACAUCCUGUCUGCAAAUUUGGAGCUGAAAAGCCACAGGAGUAUAGUUAUCUCAGCUAAGGUCUUCUUCUGCUUUUAAAGUACCCCCACGAUGGUAAUGAAUUUCUUCUUAUAUUAUCAGUUUCAAUGAAGUUAUAAUGGUUAUGCCGAUUAAAGUUGGUAUUUCCAUAUAAAAUGCAACUACACGUGCUUUCGUCUGGGUUCUGCUCAGAAAGACUUUGCAGUGGACCAAGCACACCAGCAAUAGCAGCUGAAUAUGAAAAGAUAUAUUGCGAGUCGGGUGUCUUGUGUGGAUGAUUGGAAACACGAAAUGAGGUUAUUCUAUAUAGAAUAUGGAGCAGAACCGAGUCCUGAAUAAAAAACGUGUAGAUACUCGACGGUGAGUAUGGCAUUUAGAUCUUUGUUAUGGAAUACAACUUUAUGCAAGUCUUAACUUGUUUAAUUCUUUUUAUUAAAUCCCACACCCCCUGGCCAGUGGUACAUGUUACUAUUUUCUACAUGAAACUGGUUCUGGUAAUGUACAAAAGCAUAUGAUUAUUUGUCUGGGUUGCUGUAGACUUGCUAGUUUUGACAUUCUUGCGAGAUAAUUGGCUGUACUGCUGUUUGACACGGCAGCGCAAGAGGCUUUGUAAUAAUGUAAUGAAAUGUAAUGACUUGGCGUU